AUGUACAACAUAUAUUCGAAUCACACCGAGAGGAUCGCUAGCGUCUGCAAGCACAGCCUACAUUUGUCAGCGCCUCCACACAUACUGCAGUGUCCCCAUUGCAGCAUCUCUGCAGCCCAGGAAGACCUAGAAAGAGCUCGGAGAAAGUUUGAAGGCGAAGGAGGAGCGGAUGCGUCUGCGUACAUGCGCGAUCGUGCUUGGAAUAUUGCGCGCCUCCAGUAUACUGCCGCGAAGCGGAGGUUCAAGAAGAUAACGCAAAGGGAUUGGCAGCGCCAGGAGCGGGAAAGACUCUGGGACGAAGGGCAUCAGUGGUACUUGUCUCAGCACGGGCACGUAGCGUCAGGUCUGGGGACUUGCUCGCCCUGCAUUAUUUGCGCGACAUUGGAGAGGCGGAAUCAGCGGUACGCGAAGCCAGUCGUAUCUCUCACGACAGCGUGGUGGGAGCGUGAAGGGGCGCUGGUGGAGGAGGUGAUGGUCGUGCCUGAGACACCUCCUCGCGCAUUGGCGAAGACGCCGCGUCUGGCACAAGCGCAGCCGCGAGCAAGUAAGCGUUCGUACCUGGCCGAGUUUAUCAAGAGCUGGCGAUCAAUGAGAACCGUGUCUGACGAGCAAAGGCGGGUCUGGGAGGACCGUCUCAAGCUCGACAGAGUCAUCCGGCAAAAGUACGACCUGCCCGACGACUACGAGAUCGAAGCUGAGCUCUUCGAAAAUCCGCUUCCGGCUUCACACGCCAGGCACCACCACAGGCAGCUCCAGAACGGCGAACACGCUGCCGAGCGCCGCGCAAAAAGACUAAAGCGGCGAGCGGAGGGCUACAGGCCGUGUCGCAGCCUGCUCGCUCUUUCUGAGAUUCUGAAAGACAAGGAGAUGGAUGCAGCCGAGCUGGAGGAAUUGAGACUGGAGGAAGAGGCUGUGAAGCUACAGCGAUUGGUGGAUGUUGCGGCAACUGAGGUUGGGUUCCUGUACUUUGUCGGUGAGAUGGGCCUCCUCGAGCGUUGGAGAGCCGAGUUUGAGUGCAGCAGUGUGGACCUGAUUCAGAGGCGAAGUGAGAACGGCGUAUACAUUGGAUAUAUUGAGGACGAGCAUGUUGCGGCAGAGGAAGAGAAGGAGAUGUGA